AUGUCUACUAUGUCCCAAACCUCUGACGUAUACCCUUCCUCGGUGAUCGAGGGGGUUGGAAUAGAUGAGUUACAAUACCUUAUCCCGGACGAUACCCCGUUCACAAGCCCAUUCCCAUCAAGCCAGCUUACCUUCGAUACGACACUUGAUACUCCACGGAGAGCACCUUUAGCGCCCGAGAGCCUUACACGAAUUAAACCCGACCGAGUGAACCAAUUCCUAUUAUACGAAGAUAAAAUGAGUAAGGGGUUUGUGACCUGGUGGCUCCAAACAGACUACGGAAGGAAGAAACGGAUCAAUUGGGACGGAAAGCAUCAAGCAAGUUGCUGGGAUAGCUUCGAGCAGGUGGCUCAUACGAAGGAUGGAAAGCCUGGUGUGAUGUGUACGAGAUGCCGGAAGGUUCUUGACCAUCCAGCUACCGGACAUACUGGUACCUCAUCGAUGCAUAAACAUCUUAAAGGGCCACAAUGUCGGAAGGGGACAGGCAAACCAAGUAUCCAUAAGCUACUCGUACAAGCUGGUCAGCGAGCGCCUACCCGGGUAUUUAAUCAGAAUACCUGGGAACAGAAGCUUCUAAUUCUGGUUACUGUGUCGCAUUUACCCUUCCUUUUCCUCGAGCAUCAAGAGUUCCAUGAUCUCAUCUCGUACGCGCGACUGGCUCCGACGACACCAAUUAUUCCUUCUUGGAAGGUAAUAUGUACGAGGCUCCGUCAAUUUGUUACCGACAUCCAAACAACCAUCCUCCAAAGCCUACCGCCAGGUGCAAAGCUAUCUCUAGCACUUGAUUGUUGGACGUCACCGUUCCAGCAAGCAUUUAUGGCAAUCACAGCUUACUUCCUAGAUCAGGACUGGGCGUAUCGCGAAGUCCUCCUUGGCUUUGAACCUCUAUCUGGUACGCAUUCAGGCACCAACCUUGGUGAGGUUGUCGUACGGAUUCUCCGACAGUAUGAAAUCAUCGACCGCGUCCUCGCGGUUACUACCGAUAAUGCGUCGAAUAAUACGACACUUAUAGCUGCAGUGAAUGAUACGAUCCAGGCUCUUCAGCUUAACACAGAUUCAAUAAUCAUUCAAGUGCCUUGCAUCGCACAUAUUAUUCAAAUCAGUCUUACAGAUCUACUCGGAAAGAUGAAGGCAACUCCUAAGAAUGACACCGCGGAACUAGAGUGGAAAGAGGAUCGCGUACGAGCGCUACGCGCUCGACAGCAAAAGCGAGAGAUCGCCGACACGCUAAACAAGGUUCGCUGUCUUGCUAUUUAUAUUAACGCAAGCCCACAACGUCGCGAAGCCUUCUAUAACCUUCAGCCUGAUGAGCCAAAGCUUGUGCCUAUCCAGGACUACGACCAACCUCAUUUUGCACUUAGCGCAGAAGAGUGGCGACAAAUCGACUACCUCCUGUUUAUCCUACAGCCCUUCUAUAAAUAUACGACUGUCGUUUAUAGUGUGAAAGGCGACCUUUAUGCUAUUGGUACGAUCUUAGCUCCCGCGAAUAAGCUACAGUUCUUUUCAACAAAGGACUGGGAGUCGGACGACCCAGAAAAGGACUGGAAAACAAUUUACCGCGAGAGUCUUAAGUCUUUCUUCAGGUCGUACGACGAGCGUCUUCCGCGAGAUAGGCUACGAUUAGAUGGCCAGUCAUCGAUGACGACGAUAACAGAUGCGGAUUUGGUGUUUGAAGACUCACAACAAUCACUACCUCCGCAACACGACGAGCUCACAAGAUAUCUUGAAAGUCCAACCGUACGAGGCUCCCCUCGGAUAUUCUGGAAAGAGCAUGAAUGCGAGUUUCCCGUACUUGCAAGCCUUGCGCGGGAUGUAAUGUCGAUUCCAGCAACUGGAGCAGGGGUAGAACGCCUCUUUAACUCUGCCCGGGAUAUCUGUCAUUAUCGACGAGGCUCGUUGAAGCCAAAGACAAUUCGUGAUAUUAUGCUCUGGAUGUGUACAACAAGAUUUGACCUUCAUGAGCAGAAGCGGCUUAUCCUACAAGAAUAUCUCUCGCAUCAAGAGAUCGCAGCGAUGACUGAGGCUAAUGAAACCCAGGACGAAUCUUUUGAUCCAAUUAGUGAUACUGAGGAGGACGACGGAUAG